AUGGCCAGCACCGACCGAGUCGCACAUCGCGGCCAAAGGGCCAGCGCCGACAACAACGGCUCGGCACUCGCGUCGUUUUCGGCCUUGGACGCCGACGUCGACAUGAGCCACGGCAACGGUGUCACGACGGACAGCGCCGGGCUCUCGUCCUUUUGCGCCUUUUUGGAUGACGACGACUGCAUGGGCAUCGACGACGAUGACACCACAGCGUAUGCGCUCCUGGAGACCUGCGUGAGCCUCGACGUCGACACGGGCUACGGCGAUACCAUGCUCUCGACCGGCCUCUUUCUCUUCGACUCGUCCGUCUAG